AUGGAUUUUCACCACAUCCUCCUUCUCCUCCUUAUUUUUCUUGUUGAUUUAGCAGAUUCCAAAGUGUUGGCAGAUAACACUAAUGCUAAUUACGUGAUUAACAACAACGCAAUUGGUUACAAGAAAAAUGCAUCAAAGUGUAACAUUUACGAAGGAAGAUGGAUUUAUGAUAUUUUAUCUAGUCCUUAUUAUGAAACAUCAACUUGUCCGUUCAUCGGAUUAGAUUGUCAGAAAUUUGGUCGACCAGACAAAGACUACCUCUAUUACCAGUGGCAACCCACCGGAUGCGACAUCCCAAGUUUUAGCGGACUAUAUUUCUUGAAAAGAUUCAGAGGGAAGAAAAUAUUAUUUGUGGGAGAUUCACUAAGCAACAAUAUGUGGGUGUCACUUUGUUGUAUGCUUUACGCAUCCGUUCCCAACGCUACGUAUAGCUUCAAACUCAACAAGAAGCUCUCUACCUUCACAAUUCCGGAAUAUGGAAUAUCGGUAAAUUACCUUAAAAAUGGAUUCUUGGUGGAUUUGGUAGCGGACAAAACAAGAGGAUUGGUUCUGAAACUAGAUUCGAUCAGUACAGGAAAACAAUGGUUAGGAUCAGAUGUUGUCAUCUUCAACACUUUCCAUUGGUGGACUCACACUGGUCGCUCCAAAACAUGGGACUAUUUCCAAGUGGGAGAUCGAAUCGAGAAAGAGAUGGAUAGAAUGGAAGCUUUCAAGAUUGCUUUAAAAACUUGGGCUAAUUGGGUUGAUCACAACAUUGAUCCUUCAAAAGCUAGGGUUUUCUAUCAAGGAGUCUCUCCCGUUCAUCUAAAUGGGAGUGAAUGGGGUAAACCGGGGAAGACUUGCUUGGGAGAGACGAAACCAGUGAAAGGAACAAUUUACCCUAGACACAGCGGAGGCGAGGCUAUAGUGAGCCGUGUGAUCAGAGGGAUGGCUAAACCGGUUAGUCUCCUUGACGUGACCGCUAUGACGGAGAUGAGAAAGGACGGUCAUCCUUCGAUCUAUGCCGGUGGAGGCAGAAGGUUAAAUGACUGUAGCCAUUGGUGUCUCCCUGGAGUCCCUGAUGCAUGGAACCAACUUCUCUAUGUCGCUCUUCUCGUUGACGUUUAG